CCCACUUGUGGGGCGCAGGGGGCGGCCCUCAGCCACAAGGCCUCGGGGGCGGCCCCUCCGCGCCUUUCUGCCCUCAGCCACGUUUGGCUUACGAGGCGCCUCCCGGUUCUGAGCGCGAGGUCCUCCCGCCCGAGUAGUCUGCAGGUGACCAGGUGUGACCUGGCCCCGUGGGAGCCCAGCUGGGGCCUCCUGUCGGGGACCUCACUCACUGCUCCGGGGCCCGGGGCUCCGUGGGCGCCGUCCGGCGUGGUGGCAGCAGCCACGCGUGGCACAGCUCUGCGGGAAGGCAGUGGCCCUGCUCUCUGUAAAAAGAUGUCCUAUGGAUCCGUCGCUGGCGGUGGUGGCCUGGGGAGCCACAGCCCUUUCGGGGGACCCUCCAGACAAGGCUAUCGGCCCCUAGAGUGCGCUAAAUGUUGGACCGAGUAUGGAAUACGCCAUUUCCCCUGCCCGUCGCCAGAGAGCAGCCCGCAGGACCCCUGUGUGGGCAAGGACGGGGAAGGCGAUCUGGGGUCGGCGGGCACGCCCAGAGGCCCGAGGGCCAGGAAGCGAGGGCCAGGGGUCGCCCCCGAAGGCAGCGGGACACCAGAGCCCGGCUCACCGCCUGCCGCGAGCCCGAGGAAGGACUCUGCCGGCGGGGCCCACGGCCGGCUGGCGGGGCCCGGCACCACGCGGGCCAAGAAGAGGAAACCCAACUUCUGCCCGCAGGAGACAGAGGUCCUGGUGUCCAAGGUCAGCAAGCACCACCAGCUGCUGUUCGGCACGGGGCUGCUGAAGGCCGAGCCCACCCGCAGGUACCACGUGUGGAGCCGCAUCCUGCAGGCCGUGAACGCCCUGGGCUACUGCCGCCGGGACGUCGUGGACCUCAAGCACAAGUGGAGGGACCUGCGCGCUGGUCGUGCGGCGCAAGCUGGCGACCUCCGCCACGUGGCCCGCGGCCCCGGCCGGCUCCAGGCCUCGGCCCUCACUCGUGAGCGGGUGGUGGCCGAGACCUUCUCCUGCCAGGCCCCCGCCCCGGAGGGCCUCGGCCUGGAGCCUCUCAGAGCCACCCAGGUGGACCCAGGUGACCUCCAGGAGCUGUUCCAGCAGACAUCGGCCAGCGUCUUCCGGAUCAACUCCAACGUGACCUCCUUGGAGCAGAGCCUCCGGUCCCUGGGGACACCGAGUGACACGCAGGAGCUGAGGGAGAGCCUGCACGCGGCGCAGCAGGGGACCAACAAGACCGUCGAGGCCAGCGCCGGCGCCUUGAAGCAGAUGGCGGAGCUCCUGCGGGGCUGCUCCCGGCAGGAGCGUCUCCAGCUGGACCGCCUCAGAACUCAGCUGUCGGAUGCCAUUCAGCGCUACGGCGCGGUGCAGAAGAAAAUUGCAGAAAAGUCCAGAGCCCUGCUUCCCGCUGCGCAGAGGGGUGGCACACAGCAGAGUCCCCGGGCCCCUUUCGCUGAGCUGCCCGACGAUGAGAAGAUCUUUAACGGGGGUGACGGCAUGUGGCAGGGCCAGGAGCGGGCGCUGCUUCCCGAGAUCACCGAGGAGGACGAGGAGGCCAUCCGGCUGCGCGAGGAGGCCAUCCUGCAGAUUGAGAGUGACUUGUUGGAUGUAAAUCAGAUUAUCAAGGACUUGGCCUCCAUGGUGUCAGAGCAAGGAGAUGCCAUUGGGUCCAGCAGCGGCAGGGCCACCUGCCGGCAGAGCUCCAGCCCCGAGCCAGCCGUGGCGCCCCUGCGGCCGGGCCCUCACUCCCGCACCAAGACGCGCAAGCCCAACUUCAGCCCCCAGGAGACGGAGGUGCUGGUGCAGAGGGUGGCCCGCCACUACCCGCUACUGUUCGGGGCGCUGCGGGGCACGCCCUCCCGGAAGCACCGAGUGUGGAGCAAGAUCCUGCAGGCCGUGAACGCUCUGGGCUACUGCCGGAGGGACCUGGGCGACCUCAAGCACAAGUGGAGGGACCUGCGAGGGGCGGUGCGCAAGAAGCUGGCCGAGCGCCCGCGGGCCCCCGGCCUCGUCCUCACCCCUGUCGAGCGCAUGGUGGCCGAGACCUUCUCGGCCCCAGCCCCCCUGGGCGAGGGCCAGGCUGCCGAGCCCCUGCCAAAUAGUAUUGAAGCCAGCCUUGAGGCUGCGUCCUCGCACACAGAGGCGGCCAGCGAGCUCCUGGCUGGAGCCAGCCGGCACCAACUCCAGAGACGCAAGAUCAAGUGCUGCUUCCUGUCGGCUGGAGUCACUGUCCUGCUGGUCAUCAUCCUCAUCACUGCCACCUCUAUCAGAAAGUAAUGCCACCGACGAUCGAUGCUGUGACCUGGCCUGCGGGGACCCUGGAGAGCUCGCCGCCUGCCUGCCUCCCUCCAGGGCACUACCCGGACAUCUCUACACCGACCUCUGGGCGGGCCUGGCCUAAUAAACCGCCCGCUUCGCUGGCCGUGGUGCUGCUG